AUGGCAGCCGAGCACAAGGAAGAGGUCAGCGGGGGAACUGCAGAGGCAGAUCUUGCGCAAGCGUUCAAAGACAUUGCCCGUGGUGAAAGUGCAGCAGCAGCAUUAGAAAACCACCUCGACUCACUGGAGAAGAAGAUCGAAGAACUGUUGGCGAAGGCAGAUAAGGAGGAGCAGAAGCUAAAGGCACAGGACAAUAAAGCUUCCUCUGAUGAUGCUUCGGCAGCCAAAGAGACCGAAAACCAAGAUACUGAGAACCAAGCGGCUUGA